GCGCGGAAGUAUCAAAAGGGCGGAGGGGGAAGUGUGAUAAAGCGGGGAAAGGAGAACGAAGAGGGGAAGGGAACAAAAUUGCCAAAGGAGAAGAAAGGGCAGAGUACAGAUCUCGCCCGUGUCGUAGUCUCAGUGAUUGCGAAUGACGUGGACGCCGACUGUUGCAUCUCGGACUUUUCGCAGUGGCACAUCCCUAUCCCCCUCCCAACGCCUCGCUAUCCCCUCCUUGAAGCACCUCCUCUUUCAGUAGAAGAUCUGGGCAUCCCAGUGGUCACGUGUGCGUACUGGGAAUCCCAGUGCGAAUGCAUGUUUGCCAACAGUCCUCCAGAACAUAAUUUAAGAGAUGUGGGUUGUCUCUUAUCGGAACAGACAGAACACUUGUCGCUCGCGAUUGGUUUGUUGCCAGGGUUUUCACGUGAACAGAUGAAUUCAUCUGAUGAUUUAGGCUUCGGCUAUUUGUCAAAGACAUCG